AUGUACAUGAAAAUAUUUAAAGGCAACUGGGAACGGGGAAACUGGCCAACCACUUGUGCAGUCAAAUUGGGCAAGUGGCUAGGGAAAUCUUGGUCGGGCAACUAUGUACUAAGCACAGGUACACUCAAUAAUCUAAAGGCGACUGGGAAAUGGGAAGGUGGCCAACCACCUGUGCAUUCAAAUCAGGCAGGCUUAGGGAAUGGGGAAACUGGCCAACCAUCUGUGCAAUCAAAUUGGGCAGGUGGCUUUGGAAAUCAUUGUCAGACAGCUAAUUGUGUACUAAGCACAAGUAGACGAAAAUAUUUAAAAGCAACUGUGAUCAGGAAAAAUGGCCAACCACUUGUGCAGUCAAAUCGUGUAGGUGGCUUGGGAAAUCAUUGUCGGACACUUAACUGUGUUCUAAGCGCAACUGGGAACGGGGAAACUGGCCAACUACAUGUGCAGCCAAAUCGAGUAGGUGGCUGGGGAAAUCAUGGUUGGACAACUAACUGUGUUCUAAGCACAGGUACAUGCAAAUAUCUAGAAACAACUGGGAACUGGGAACGGGUAAUCUGGCCAACCACCUAUGUAGCAAAUUGGGCAGGUGGCUUUGGAAAUCAUUGUCGGAAAACUAAUUGUGUACUAGGCAUAGGUACAAGCAAAUAUGAAAAGGCAACUAGGAACGAGGAAACUGGUCAACCACCUAUGCAGUCAAAUCGGGCAGGUGGCUGGGGAAAUCAUGGUCGGACAACUAACUGUUCACUAAGCACAGUCAAAUCGAGCAGGUGGCUUAUGAAAUCAUUGCCGGACAACUAA